AGUUUUGAGAUAUAGAACUGUUAUCUGCGAGACGAGCAGGAAGAGUGUUUUGUGACCGUCCAAGAUUCGGGUCUAAAUAAAUAGAAAUCAUCCGUUUGCUGUCAAUAGAACUAACAGAAAACACGUCCUAAAAAUGGAAAUUAAGUUUCAACUUAUUUCCGUUUUCAUCCUUUUCCACUUGCAACUUUCAACUGCGGAUGAAUGUGCAUGUGCAACCGGAAACGUUCAUGUCAGAUCCGGUGCCGGAACAACACAUUCAAUUCUCGGGACUCUACCCACUGACUCCUGCCUCGCGUUCAAGGGGCACCUGUCGACAGUUAGUGGCACUCACUGGGCAAAUGUGGACUACCACGGACGGAAUAAAGACGGCUGGAUAUCAUCAACUUACCUAACUUUCAGAACAUGUUCACUAUCAAACUCUCACAACACUGGCACGGGAUCCCACUCUACAACCGGAUGUCCUCCAAUCGUCAUCCGCAGUGAAUGGCAUGCGCGAGCACCUGCGCAUCACAUCGGACCACUUCCGGCUGUUCCUGGUAACGUGUACAUUCACCAUGGAGCUACUCACGGAUGUCACACAAAGGCGGACUGUAUCAAACUCGUCCAGUCGUAUCAGAACUACCACAUGGAUACACACGGUUGGCCAGACAUUGGAUACAGCUUCAUUAUCGGGGAGGACGGUAACAUCUAUGAGGGGCGGGGCUGGAACACCAUAGGGGCCCACACAUACAACCACAACUAUGACGGACUCGGUUUCUGCGUCAUGGGAGAUUUCACUUCUCACGUACCUAACGACCUGGCGAUAAACGCACUCAAGAGUCUGAUCAACUGCGGAGUGAGAACCGGUAGUAUAACCCAGAAUUACGUGUUGAAGGGUCACCGUGAUGUCGGCCAGACUUCCUGUCCGGGGGACAAGCUGUACACCUUGAUCAAGACAUGGCCCCACUACCAUCACUAGAAAAUCGGCCUUAAUGUUUGAAAAAUUCAAACUGUAUUUGUAACAUCACCAAAUAAUGUCCAAGGAAUCUAC